UUCGUUCAUUAAGAUAUGGAAAAUCAAAUACAUAAAAUAAAUUAUUUUCAAUGUAAUUUUAUCGCUAAAAAGGAGACGUUCUUCUUGCAUUAUCAACUAUUGAGUACUGUACAGUUGUCAAACUGUAAGCCUAUAUAGUCAAGUCUUUAACCCAACUUUUUCUAACCCCCACUCAAUUGCAGGUUCCAAAAUUCCGUGAAGAAAGACUUCUGUGUUUAAGCUUUUUCGGACGCCAUGAUUUUGCAUAUACUUCUCUUAACUGUCUUCUGGGUUGUUGCAAAUCACUUCCUUAACAAGAUCAAGAACCUCCCUCCAACUCCUUUCCCAACUUUACCCAUCAUAGGUCACCUUCACCUCCUUAAGAAACCUCUACAUCAAUCUCUCGCCAAAAUCUCAGCCCGUCACGGCCCCGUACUUCUUCUGAAAUUCGGCUCUCGCCGUGUCUUCCUUGUGUCCUCCCCGUCCGCUGCCGAAGAAUGUUUUACCAAAAAUGAUAUCGCUUUCGCCAACCGACCGGAUCUACUCGCAGGAAAACACAUGGGCUGCAAUUACACCAGCCUCGUAUGGGCUCCAUAUGGGGACCACUGGCGGAACCUCAGGAGGAUCGCUUCCCUGGAGAUCUUAUCCACUAAUCGUCUGCAACAACUCUCUUCUGUUCGCAUAGAUGAAAUCAGAUCGUUAAUUCGUAGGCUGUAUAGAAAUCAAAAUCAGAUAGUGGAUAUGAAAACUGCCUUCUUUGAGCUGACUCUGAAUGUAAUAAUGAGGAUGGUAGGCGGGAAGAGUUACUACGGUGAAAAAGUGAUGGGGGCCGAGUCAGAGGAGUUUCGAGAGAUUGUGGCUGAAACUUCUCAAUUGGGUGGUGCCUCAAAUUUAGUGGACUUUUUGCCAGUUAUAAGGUGGACUGGAUACGGGAAAACGGAGAAGAGAAUGCUAACUUUGCAGGAGAAGAGAGAGAAGUUUAUGCAAAGUUUAAUAGAAGAGCAUAAAACAAAAAUGGGUAGUGAUGAUGAGUAUAAAAAUAAAAAUUUGGAUGGACAGAGAAGGAAGUCGAUGAUAGAAGCGCUGCUGUGUUUGCAAGAAUCUGAUCCUGAGUACUAUACUGAUGAGAUUAUCAGAAGCCUUAUGCUGUACAGCUGGUUGUCCACACAGUACAACCGAUUAUUUUAUUUGCUGUCCACACAGUACAGCUGGCGUGUGAUAUUAAUAGCAGGGUCGGAUACGUCAGCUAGAACAAUGGAGUGGGCAAUGUCUCUCCUUUUAAACACCCCGGAUGUUUUGAGAAAGGCACAAGCAGAAAUAGACAAUCAAAUUGGCUCUGAUCACUUUGUCGACGAAUCUAAUUUGGUUAAACUUCCCUAUCUUCGUUGUAUCAUAAAUGAGACUUUACGGUUGUACCCAGCAGGGCCAUUACUGGUACCGCAUCAAUCAUCAGAAGAAUGCAAGGUUGGAGGUUAUCGCAUACCACGUGGCACAAUGCUAUUGGUAAAUUUAUGGGCCAUUCAACGUGACCCAACAAUUUGGGAGGAUUCUACCAAGUUUAGGCCUGAGAGGUUUGAAGGCUUUGAAGGAGUGCGGGAUGGGUUCAAGUUCAUGCCUUUUGGGGUAGGGAGGAGAAGCUGCCCCGGCGAAGGAUUGGCGUUGCGCAUGGUUGGGUUGGCUUUGGGCUCACUUAUUCAAUGCUUUGAUUGGGAGAGACCCAAUAAGGAUAUGGUGGACAUGACCGAAAGAAGUGCUCUCACUUUGCCCAAGGCCCACCCUUUACAGGCUAAAUGUAGCCCCCGUCCUGGCAUGCUCAACCUUCUUUCACAGCUAUCUAAUUUAACUUAAGAAGUCAGAUGAUAGUAGCUGAGGUCAUUACUAUAACAGGGAAGAGAUGUUGUUAUACAUCAAUGUUAAUAGUUCUCCCUUUCAGCUUCAUGUUUAAGAGAUGAAACUAUGUUAAAUUUUACUAAGAAUGAAACUUGCAACAAUUAUGUUGUGAUAGUUAAUGAUAUCAAACCUUAGUUAUUAAAAGAAAGCAUAUGAUUAUAAAAA